AAGUUGUAGCAGAUAAUGGCGGGCCGUGAAUCAGGAGGAGCACAGCCACAGCCACAGGCGCUGUCAGCGCUGAUGAGGCGACCUUCAAGGAGCGCCGCCACCACGACUUUCUCGACGGAGGUGUUUGACAACGAGGUGGUGCCGCCGUCUCUCGUCUCCGCAGUCCGGCCCAGUCUCCUCGUCGCAAACGAGGUCCAAAACGAGCGUCCACGCGUCGCCUAUCUCUGCCGGCGUUACGCCUUUGAAAAAGCAGACCGAGUGGACCCGGACUCGAAGGGGCGUGGCGUGCGACAGUUCAAAACAAGUUUGUAUCAGAGAUUGGAGCAGGACAAUAUAUCGAGUCUGCCUUCUCGGGUUCAGCAGACUGAUUUGAGGGAAAUUGAGAGCUUCUACAAACAAUACUAUGAACAUUGCGUCAGAGCACUGGACAAGGCAGAACAAGCUGAUAGAGCCCAACUCAGCAAAGCUUACGAGACAGCCGGAAUUCUUUUUGAAGUCUACAUUAACGGGAGUGGAAAAGUUGAAGAAGUUGCUCCUGAGAUUAUUGCUGCAGCCAGAGAUGUCCAAGCAAAGAAGGAAAUCUACGCUCCUUUUAACAUUCUUCCUUUGGAUUCAGCUGGGGCAUCACAGGCCAUCAUGCAGCUUGAAGAGGUUAAGGUGGCUGUGGCUGCACUAGGGAACACAGAUGGUUUGAAAUGGCCAUCUUUAUCUGAACAGCAGAGGGCAGAUGCAGGGGAGUUGGAUGUUCUUGAUUGGCUUCGGGCGAUGUUUGGAUUUCAGAAAGACAAUGUCAGGAACCAGAGGGAGCAUUGGAUUCUGCUUCUUGCCAAUAAUCAUAUAAGGCUUGGUCCCAAGCCUGAUCCUCUUAACAAGCUUGAUGAUCAUGCUGUGGAUGCAAUCAUGAAUAAGCUCUUUAAGAACUACAAAACAUGGUGCAAGUUCUUGGGAAGAAAACACAGUUUAUGGCUCCCGCAAGGGCAACAAGAAGUACAACAGAGAAAGAUACUUUACAUGGGCCUUUAUCUACUUAUCUGGGGUGAAGCUGCUAAUAUACGGUUUAUGCCAGAAUGCCUGUGCUACAUCUUCCAUAACAUGGCGUAUGAACUUCAUGGUUUGUUGGCUGGAAAUGUUAGCAUUGUCACGGGAGAAAACAUUAAGCCUUCUUAUGGGGGAGACGAUGAAUCUUUCCUACGGAAGGUUAUAACACCCAUUUACCGAGUAAUUCAAAUGGAAGCCAUGAAGAGUGAAAAUGGAAAAGCUGCUCACACAGGUUGGAGCAAUUAUGAUGACUUAAACGAGUACUUUUGGUCCACUGAGUGCUUCUCUUUGGGUUGGCCUAUGCGUGAUGAUGGCGAUUUUUUCAAAUCAACGCGUGGCUUGAAACAGGGAAGGCAAGAACCUCAGAGAAAGGCUGGAAGCAUUGGAAAAUCAAAUUUUAAUGAGACACGUUCAUUCUGGCAUAUCUUCCGAAGUUUUGAUCGGUUGUGGACAUUUUAUAUUCUUGCUUUACAGGCUAUGAUUAUCCUUGCAUGGAAAGAUAAUUCCCUGUUGGAUAUAUUCCGGAAGGAUGUCUAUAGCCUGUCCAGUGUUUUCAUUACAGCAGCCUUUCUUCGCUUCCUUCAAAGUAUGUUGGACCUUAUUUUGAACUUCCCGGGAUAUCAUAGGUGGACGUUCACUGACGUGAUGAGAAACAUUCUGAAGCUUGUUGUUAGUCUUGCAUGGAGUCUCAUUCUUCCACUGUGUUAUGUGGCUUCAUUCCAAGUUGCCGAUGAGAAAAUUCAAGAUCUGCUUCCAUUCCUUAGUAAAGUAAAGGGCAUUCCUUCUCUGUACAUCAUCGCUGUAGCAAUAUAUUUGCUUCCAAAUUUACUGGCAGCAGCAUUGUUUAUUUUUCCUAUGCUCCGACGUUGGAUUGAGAACUCAGACUGGCAUGUCACAAGGCUUCUUAUGUGGUGGUCACAGCCCAGAGUUUAUGUUGGGAGGGGAAUGCAUGAAAGUCAAUUUGCACUUAUACGCUAUACUAUUUUCUGGGUGUUGCUUCUCUGUUCCAAAUUUGCAUUUAGCUAUUUCGUCGAGAUAAAACCUCUGAUGAAGCAAACAAAAGAAAUAAUUAAUAUUCACCGCAUUCGGUAUACUUGGCACGAGUUUUUCCCUGAAGCUCAAAACAACUAUGGAGCAGUAACCUCACUAUGGGCACCUAUUAUAUUGGUUUAUUUCAUGGAUACACAAAUAUGGUAUGCCAUUUUCUCGACUCUCUGUGGUGGGUUUCUAGGGGCGUUUGAUCGUCUAGGAGAGAUACGGACACUGGGCAUGCUGAGGUCACGGUUCCAGUCUUUACCUGGGGCGUUCAAUACUUAUUUGGUUCCUUCAGACAAGACUAAGAAAAUGGGAUUCUCUUUCUCAAAACGUUUUGAAGAGGCUAAAGCAAGCAAUAGAAGUGAAGCUGCAAAAUUUGCUCAGUUAUGGAAUGAAGUAAUUGUAAGUUUCCGUGAAGAAGAUCUCAUAAGUGACAGGGAGAUGGAUCUAAUGCUAGUUCCUUAUUCAUCAGAGCCUAGCCUGAAACUAAUUCAGUGGCCACCCUUUAUGCUUGCAAGCAAGAUUCCGAUAGCAUUGGAUAUUGCAGCGCAGUUUCGAUCAAAAGAUUCUGACCUAUGGAGGCGUAUAUGUGCGGAUGAAUACAUGAAAUGUGCUGUUAUUGAAUGCUAUGAAUCUUUCAAACUUAUCUUGAAUGCUUUGAUUGUUGGAGAAACAGAGAAAAGGAUAAUUGGCAUUAUUAUCAACGAAGUCGAAAAUAGCAUGGCAAAGAAUACAUUUCUUACAAAUUUUAGAAUGGCUCCUUUACCAACCCUCUGCAAUAAAUUUGUGAACCUUGUGGAAUUUUUGAAAGAUGCUGAUCCAUCCAAGCAAAAUCUUGUGGUGUUGUUGCUGCAAGAUAUGCUAGAAGUAGUUACACGUGACAUGAUGGUGAAUGAGAUUCGUGAAGUGGCGGAGCUUGGUAACAGCACUGGAAGACAAGUUUUUGAUAAUACUGACGCAAAACCUGCUAUUUUGUUCCCUCCUGCAACUACAGCACAAUGGGAAGAACAGAUAAGACGCCUAUAUUUGCUCUUGAAAGUUAAAGAAUCUGCCAUUGAUGUGCCCACUAACCUUGAAGCACGCCGAAGGAUAUCAUUCUUUACAAAUUCUUUGUUCAUGGAUAUGCCACGAGCUCCCCCAGUUCGCAAAAUGCUCUCAUUCAGCGUCAUGACUCCAUACUACAGCGAGGAAACACUCUAUUCUAGAAGUGACCUCGAGAUGGAGAACGAAGAUGGCAUUUCAACAUUAUUCUACUUGCAAAAGAUCCACCCAGAUGAAUGGAAUAACUUCCUGGAGAGAAUCAGUUGUAAAAACGAGGUCGAGGUAUUGGAAAAUGAAGAUACCGUUUUGCAACUACGCUAUUGGGUUUCCUUAAGAGGGCAGACACUUUCCAGGACAGUUAGAGGGAUGAUGUAUUACCGAAGGGCUUUGAUGCUUCAGGCUUUUCUUGACAUGGCUAAGGAAAAAGUGAUACUUGAAGGCUACAAAUCUGUCACAGUUCCAUUAGAGGAAGAAAAGAAGAGUCAGAGAUCUUUGUAUGCUCAAUUAGAGGCUGUAGCCGACAUGAAAUUCACUUACGUUACUACUUGCCAGAUCUAUGGAAAUCAGAAGCAGGGUGGAGAUCGUCGUGCAACAGAUAUUUUGAAUUUGAUGGUUAAUAAUCCAUCUCUCCGUGUGGCAUACAUUGAUGAAGUUGAAGAAAGCGUGGGUGGAAAGACGGAGAAGGUGUACUAUUCUGUGCUGGUCAAAGCUGUUGAUAAUCUUGAUCAGGAAAUCUACCGUAUAAAACUUCCCGGUACAGCAAAGAUAGGAGAAGGAAAGCCUGAAAAUCAGAACCAUGCUAUUAUUUUUACUCGAGGGGAAGCACUUCAGACGAUUGACAUGAACCAGGACAACUACUUGGAAGAGGCUCUGAAAAUGCGUAACCUACUAGAAGAGUUUAACGAGGAUCAUGGGGUGCGUCCACCUACAAUUCUCGGUGUUCGUGAGAAUAUCUUCACCGGAAGUGUUUCUUCUUUGGCUUGGUUUAUGUCGAAUCAAGAAUCGAGCUUUGUCACCUUGGGUCAAAGAGUUCUUGCAAGACCAUUGAAGGUCCGGUUCCACUAUGGGCAUCCAGAUGUGUUCGAUAGAAUUUUCCACAUUACCUGUGGUGGCAUCAGCAAAGCAUCUCGUGGCAUCAAUUUAAGCGAGGAUAUAUUCGCUGGUUUCAAUUCAACGCUAAGACGUGGGAAUAUCACACACCAUGAGUAUGUUCAAGUAGGAAAGGGGAGAGAUGUUGGACUCAACCAAAUUUCACUUUUUGAAGCAAAAGUGGCCUGUGGUAAUGGGGAGCAAACAAUCAGCCGCGAUAUCUACAGACUAGGCCAUCGUUUCGACUUCUUCCGCAUGAUGUCAUGUUAUUUUACUACUACUGGGUUUUAUGUUAGCUCAACGAUUGUCGUCUUAACAGUUUACAUAUUUUUGUACGGUAAACUCUACCUGUCAUUGAGUGGAUUGGAAACGGCAAUCAUGAAAUCUGCAAGGUCCAAGGGAAGCGAUCCUCUGAAGGCAGCUAUUGCUUCACAGUCUGUUGUUCAAAUAGGUGUAUUGAUGGCCUUGCCCAUGGUUAUGGAAAUGGGGCUUGAAAGAGGGUUCAGAACUGCAAUAGGUGAUAUGAUAAUAAUGUAUCUUCAAUUAGCUCCUUUGUUCUUCACUUUCUCUCUUGGGACAAAGAUCCACUAUUUUGGGCGGACUAUCUUGCAUGGAGGGGCCAAGUACAGAGCCACUGGACGAGGUUUUGUCGUUCGACAUGAGAAGUUUGCAGAAAACUACAGGAUGUACUCAAGGAGCCAUUUUGUAAAAGCUCUGGAAAUUUUGACCCUGCUUAUAGUUUACCGAAAUUAUGGCAUAAAUGCUGAUCCUACUAGUUACAUGCUUCUCAGUGGCUCAAUCUGGUUUCUAGUGGUUUCUUGGUUGUUUGCUCCUUUCCUUUUUAAUCCUUCGGGAUUUGAGUGGCAGAAGAUUGUGGAAGACUUGGAGGAUUGGACCAAGUGGAUUAGCAGUAGCGGUGGUAUUGGUGUGCCAGCAAAUAAGAGCUGGGAGUCAUGGUGGGAGGAGGAAGAAGAACACCUACAGCACACAGGAUUUAUUGGGCGGUUGUGUGAAAUUGUUCUUUCCAUCCGUUUCCUUCUCUACCAAUAUGGAAUUGUGUAUCACCUGCAUGUGAGCAAUAGUGACACAAGCCUUUUGGUCUAUGGUUUGUCUUGGCUGGUCAUUGUUGCCGUAAUGAUCAUCUUGAAGAUUAUAUCCAUGGGCGGGAAGAAGUUCAGCGCAGAUUUCCAGCUGGCGUUCAGGCUUUUAAAAUUGUUCCUGUUUAUUGGAUCCGUCGUCACUCUUGUCCUUAUGUUCACUUUCCUCAAUCUUACCGUUGGAGACAUCUUUGCCAGCCUGCUGGCUUUCUUGCCAACAGGAUGGGCUCUUCUACAGAUAGCACAAGCAUGCAGGCCUUUGGUAGAGGGAUUGGGAAUGUGGGGGUCUAUCAGAGCUCUAGCGAGAGGAUACGACUACCUGAUGGGGGUAAUCAUUUUUGCUCCCGUGGCUGUCUUGGCUUGGUUCCCAUUUGUCACGGAUUUCCAGACGAGGCUGCUAUUCAACCAAGCUUUCAGCCGAGGGCUUCAGAUUCAGCGAAUUCUGGCUGGUGGGAAGAAGCAGAAACAGAAGUAACUUGCUGUGCAUAGUUGCAGUUAGAGAGAGAGAGAGAGA